CAGAAAGGCCAAGAGUUUCUGAGGUUAUGCCACAGCACAUACCCCCUCUGCCUUAUACCGAAAAGUUCUCAGGACGCGAACAGCUAGAUUUGAUGACAAAAAGUCUUGCUUUUAGAAGCACAUCAACUAAUUUGCUACUUGUGUUUGUCACAUCCAUUUAAAGUGCUUUUAUUCCACAAAAGAAACUGAAAAAAAGCUCAUCACCUUUGUAAACAUUUGCAUGAUUUGGUAUGGAUGAGAACUAGAAUAGCCGUUUUUCACUGUAUAGGAGUUCAUUCUCAAGUGUGUUUUGUUUUGUUAAUUGUCUGAGUUGUCAUCUUAGCAGGCUGAAAAAGGCCUACACCAGAAGCAAUACAUUGAUAACAAAGGAACUUUACUGAUCUGAACACUGUGCUAAUGUAUCAUGAUUUUGGUCUUGAAUCAUGUGUACAUCACUGAUGUUUCCUGUCAAACGUCUGAAUAAACCUGUUUUGCGUGCAGCAUCCUGGGCGUGGCCUCCACCUGCAUGCACUGCUGUGUGAUCACCUGGUCACAUGUACUCACCUGCAUCUGCAGCCAAGCACCGCGGUUCCAGUUACUUUACAGAAAAUAAGGAGUGUAGAACUGCUUGAUGCAGAUUUUAUGUAGCGGUCCUCUUAUCGGCUGGGCUUGGCUUUCUUGUCCCUCUGUUACUUCGGAAAUAUACUAAAGCUUUGGCUCUCCGCGUGUUCAUCCUGGGUUUAGUACAUCUACUGUGCCAGCUGCUGGAUGAGUAACCUCAAGACUAUAGGUCCCAAGACGGUCUUCCCUGAAAUAUGAGCUGUAUCUAGGGACGUGCUGCUUGGUUUACUUACUUGAGCCAAUGAGACGCAUUCAAAACCUCAUUGCUAUGGUUUUCUGUACCACUGUAUUCAUAAUCAUCUACUUGACCAUGCACCUAGAGACGAAUCACCGUGUCAGGGCUGGACGAGGGGACAACCUGAAGCAUACCAGGGUCCAGGUCCAUGACAGUGAUGUGAAAAUACAGUCCUCCAAACACAAGAGCAUCACCAUACCUCACCCCAAUGUCUAUGGUACGUCUGUUUCUGAAUACCUCAGACAGACCAUCCCUCAAAAUGGAGCGUACUGGAACCGUCUGCUGUACAUGGCCCUCAAGAAUCUGGACAAGGGGGAAGACCUUUUCAGACACGACUCUCACUGGCCCCACUGCAGGGAAACCAUUCAGGAGCUUCUGAAAAUUAAUGUGCACGACUUCACCUCCUACCCUAUCUUAUUCCAGAACUUCUUGCAGGUCAUGAACUGCAGGUACUCUCCAGUCCUGACCAGUCAGCCCAACAAGUGCAUCUCCGUUGACAAGGAGGGAGCCAACGAGACCUUCCUGCUGUUCGCCAUCAAGUCAACUCCUGGGAACUUUGAGCAAAGACAAGCAGUGAGGGAGACCUGGGGCCAAGAGGGGGUGUAUAUGGAUAAAGGUGGCUCCACCAGCCGCUCUCAGACAAAUGGCAAUGCACUGAGAGUGCGCACAGUGUUCCUCCUGGGUGGCUCCCCGCUGGGUGACCCUGACCUUGGCCCACUGCUGUCGUUUGAAGCACAGCACUUUGGGGACCUUCUGCAGUGGGACUUCUAUGACUCCUUGAACCUGACGCUCAAAAUGAACAUGUUCCUCCAGUGGACAUUGAAACAGUGUCCUCAUGUCUCCUUUGUCUUUAGUGGGGAUGAUGACGUAUUUGUCAACACACCAGCUUUGCUCAGCUACCUGCAGUCUUUGGAGGCUUCUAAGGCAUCUCAGUUGUAUGUUGGACAUGUCAUAAGCCCAGCAAAUCCUCACAGAGACCCUAAUAGCAAGUACUACAUUCCUCUGAGCUUCUAUGAUGGUCCAUACCCUGCUUAUGCUGGUGGAGGUGGCUUUCUUUUCUCUGGAGCGUUGCUGCAACCCUUAUAUUCAGUUUCACGAGUCAUUCCUUUCUUCCCCAUCGACGACGUCUACAUUGGGAUGUGUUUUAAGGCUCUGGGAGUUUCACCUGAGGCACAUGCAGGUUUUCAGACCUUUGAUGUUGAGGAGCACAAUCGUGAGAAUCUGUGUGUACAUAAAAAUCUUAUUCUGGUUCAUCAGCGCUUCCCACAGCAGAUGAAGAGGCUGUGGAAGGGCAUUCACAGCCCUUUUUUAACUUGUUGAACUGGGCCCAUAAACAA